CCAAAAGCUAAGGUCACUAAGAAAAUGUUACAGGAACAACUUUCGGCCUUGAAGGCCGAGUUGGCUACAGUGCGUGCCGAGAAAAGAAGGCCAUUGAGGGCACUUGAAGCAACCACAGAGGACAACGAUUCAGUGAAUUUCAAACCAAGCGAAUGUUUUGAAUCACGACCCUCCACAUCAUCAGGGAACGAAUCCUUGUUGGCUACUAUGAGCAACAUGUCUUUCGGGUCGCUGAAUAUUCCAGAAUGUAGACCGUCUGAUGGCGAGACUGAUGUCGACAAAAAGGCGUAUGAACACUGGAAGGAGAUACUUACGGCGUCUUUCAAUCUGGUCCGAGCUACCGAUGAGCGUUCGAAGAUGGACAUCUUCCGAAUAAAAGCUGGCCCAAAACUACUAGAAGUGAUGCAAGGAACGUCAUCAACAACAGACAUGCCAGGCGAACAAUCGCACCCCUUCUCUAAUGCAAUGGCUCGAUUAGAUCACUACUUCGGAUCGAGAACCUACAUCAUAGGCCAAAGAGGUAAACUGAUGAAUACAACACAACACAGUGAGGAAUCCAGCGUGUCUUUCGUUCGUCGGGUUGCGGCGGCCGCAAAGUUAUGCGGAUACGCAUGUGACGAGGAGAUGGAGGCGGUGGUUCGUACUAUUGUCAAAGGUACCUCCGAUAGCCGGGUACGUGUUUUAGCCCAUCGGAAUUGGGUGAACCAGGGUGACAUGAACAGCCUUAUCUCAAUGGUACGUGAUCGGGAAAUGGAAAUGUUCAACGAAGAGGAAUAUCAGAAAUUGACCCGCCAAAACAGUGCGACAGUAGCAGCGGUAAUGGAAACCCCAGAACAGAGAUUACCAUACCGACGUGGUACAAGAUUACGAUUCAGAGGCGCCCAGCGUGGGCGAGGAAUUUUUCGACGAGGAUCAGCUCAAAUUCAAGGUAGGGCACGUGCUUCAUGCUGGCGUUGCGCAAGUAUGUACCACGAUCCCGCAACUUGCCCCAAUCUUGACAAAGUUUGUCACAACUGCAAGCGCCGCGGACACUUGGCCCGUAUGUGUGCUUCCCAACCUGCGUUUGGAAUUGGAUCAAAGCGGGCAUCUAACGACCCAGGAGAUGGAGAACCCCAGCCAAAGAUUGCUGCGAUCAAGCAAAACGGCGAAGAACACGACGAAAUGGUAAAUAUGAAUGUUGAUCCAGAAUAA